AUUUUAAAAUUCUCCCGGCAAAAGUAAGGACCUCUGACGGCAGUAAAAGAAACUAAAGAAUAAGUGUGUGAUUGGUCGAUAAAUUUGUGACGUCAAAAAAAAAAAAGUAAAUAAUGUGCACAAUGUAUAUAGCUAUAUUUAUUUACUAAAAUUGUUUACUACUUUAGGCCUGUCAAGUUAUUUAUUUAAAUUUUAAUUAGUUAGAUAGAAGAAAUAAUUAUUUAGAUAGGAAGAAAUGACAACGAUGGAUUCGGAGGAAGGUUAUGAUUUUUUCGGUCUUGUCAACGACUUGUGUCAGUCGAUGAUAAAUAAAUGUGAUGAAAAAAGUCUUCGCGGGCGUAAUUCAGUGCUUAUUUCCAAUAAAUUACGUUCGAUUGCUUUUGAAAUUCUGCUUAAUAAACACCCCGAGUCUUGUGAUGUCAAUGAUACUCAUGAAAAUGAGGCUGCUGAUCCAGUUGUUGAGUUGUUGAAAUAUUCUUUUGUAUUAAAAACUACCCUAGGAUUGUCUUCCAAAGCUGAGAAAUUAGAGAAUGCGUUAGACAGAUUAUUGAGUGAAAACAGCGAGUCGUCAUUUAAAUCCAUACUUUUCUUCUUGCACUAUUUACAGAGUUACCAAUCCCACGACAAGGAUGACCUGGAGGUGUUUCAUUUUGAAGACAGAGUUCCUUCAUCGUCAGACAAUCAAAGUAAUGAAGUACCACAUUACCAAAUUUACCCGCUAUCAGCAUUCAUGUUACCACAAAAAAUGGACCGGUUGAUUGAUAUAAAUAAUCAUGAAUUUACACAAGUUAAUAUCACCGCUCCAAUAAGUUUUUCUUCGCAACUUCAAAUUGAAAUCGCUAAUAAUGAAUCUAAAUCAUCUCUAUAUACCCUCGACACUGUAAAGUCUGUGGGGCGAAUAGAAGAAGAAUGUAACUUUAAUUACGAAGAUACAGCAUUAGAAUCGCUCUGGAAACACGAAAACUACGACUCUCUAAGCCUAGGAUCUCUCAGAUCAUCUUCACCGUCUUUAGAAUCUAUAGAUUUAUCAUCUGAGGUCUAUGAAGACGCCGAUAGUUACUCAUGGGAAACUCUGGGAUGUGCCAAGCCUCCCAAGCAGCGUGUUUUUGCCUUAGAAUCAGACGCAGCGAUCCAGCACCUUCAAAACCUGCGAAAUCUAUCAAUAAAUUUAAGCGAGAAUGAAACCUUUUCCAGCAGAAUUAUUGUAAUUAGUAUGAAAGAGUUUAUGGAAAACAUAAGAUUGGUUUUAUUGGGGAUUGACUCGAGUUGCUUUAUAUGGGACGAUAAAAUAGGAUUUUUCUUCAAUAUAAACACUCAAGUCACCAGGCUGAGUAAGGAAGCUCUGGAGAGUAUCUCCACGGAGAUAACUCACUGGGCAACUUGUUUUAAGCUUCUUAUGCUGCUGGUACGGCCUCACUCUGACACUGGGAGGUACAAGCAAGACGGGUUGAUUUUCCACGCGAUGUGUAACAGCGUUAAUGAUGUGCUAAUUCAUUAUCAAGCUUCUGUUUUGCAGAUUUUUAGCGACGAGUCUAUUAGAUUGAUAGAUUUGUUGAAUCGUUUGCGUUAUGUUGGUUGCUCAAUUAGCGAAGUUGCGCGACUUUGUCGCUGUGAAAACGUUAUUCAAACGACAUUGGCUGAAGGUACGGGUAUUCUUACUCAUAUUUAUGAUGAAGUUACCAAAAUAACUAAACCCGAUAUUGCUCUGGUGUUUUAUUCAGUAUUAAAGUCUUGCUGUGAAGUUUAUUUUGAGCUGAUGGAAAAGUGGAUAUUCGAAGGAAUUUUCGACGAAAAUUACGGAGAAUUUAUGAUAUUUGUCCGUGAAAAAUACAUUCGUAAUCGCGGGCAUAAAUUUUGGACAAAAUGUUUUGGUAUUAGCAAAGAAUUAGUCCCAGGAUUUUUGAUAAAUCUUACAGAUUCUAUUUUACAGUGCGGCAAAGCUGUGAGAUUGUUAAAAAUUUGCGACCCUAAAAACCCGCUUUGCAAUUUUUUCCUGACUGCUAGGCCUAAAGUAAAAGUAUGCUUGAGUGUCAAUAUGUUGGCUGAGCAAGAGGAAAUAUGCCAGCGUUACAUGAACAAAGGUAUGGAGAUACUGGGCCCCAAUAUAACUCUAGCUGCGGCUUUGAAGGAGCUCAAGACAAUUGAUAAGGACAAAGCCGAGCAUGUGAUAGCCGCUCAACAAGAGACACUGUCGAGAAUAAAGAAGAGCCAAGAGGAAGCUAAAUUAUUGAUUAUCAAGAACAAGCGCGAGCUCUUUGCAGAUCAAAAGAAGCAAGUUGAAGACGCUGUUUCUCGGAGAGAAAAAGCCCGAGAAGCUGACUUGUUGGAGGAUAAAUUAUUGAGAGAAAUACAAAUCGUCGAGGAGGAAAAAGCCGAGAAUCAGCGACUCGCUGAUAUUAAGAUUACUUUGGAGUAUUAUAAGGACUUGGCUGAGGAAGCUGAGAAACAACGGCUUAGAGCCUCUUGGAGGAGUCGGAGGAUGGAAUUGUUCGACGAGCGUGUCAGUGCUAUUGUUCUUGCCCGGCAAGAGGAUAUUACUCCUAUUGAGGAAUCUGAUAAGACUUUCAGUAGUUCUCAAGACAAAUUCCAGACAGCUGACAGUAAUGUUUCUAAUUUAAAUUCUUUAGAUAAUUUUUUCAAUGAUGAUAAAGUUUCAGAAGUCAGUGAUGAAAAUUGCAAUGACACAAAAUUGUCAGAAAAAAACACUAAAUCUGAAGAAACAACUCGCGUUAGUCGGCCUACUGUCCUCGAGGUAAUUUCUAAUAAAGCUGACACAAAAAUAGAGUCAAUUAUUGAUGAGAUUACAGGUAACCGUUCAUUUAAACGCACAAAAUUUUCUUUCAAUACCAACACUACAAUAAAUAAUGAUAUUAAUGCACAAACUACGCUAGCUAAUGAUAAUAUAAAUAUUACUUUUAUUGACAAUGAAGGUAAUGAAAGUAAACUAGAGGUUAAUCUUGAUAAUGACAAUAAUAAGCCUGAUGAUGAAAAAAAGUCUGAGGCAAAUUCGGGGCUGGUAAAAAAUUUAACUGAAGAAAUUACCAAUGAAAUAAAUGACGCGACUCCGAUGUCCUGUACAACAGACAGUUACGUUCCAUCAGCGAUGAGUAAUUCUAUUUUGUACAAUUGCACAGAAGCUGGCUCAAUUGCAGAGUCUAAAAAUGACUUUGAGACACCAACGACACCCGGUGAUUGCUUGCCGAGAAGUGCUGAUAAGCAGGAGUACUCUAUGCACAAUAUUUUUUCACGAUCAAGCAGCCAGUUUUUCAGCACAGGUGCUAUGAGCACACCUCCGGCGUUUGAGUCGUCUUUAACACAAGCUGAUGUUGAGAUGAUUGAUAAUACCUCUCUGCAAGUGUACUUGGAAAAGUCGGUUUUGAUCCCACUGAGAGUUCAAAGCCGGCUUGCUAAUUCCGCGAUUGUUAAAUGUCUUUUGCAUGAUCACAAAAUAUUAUCACACUUGCACAGUAUCAGGAGUUUCUUCUUUCUUUUGAACGGAGAAUUCGCCAAGAAUCUCACCGGGCCGCUUUACACUAAAUUCCACCAAGCCACCUCGCCGGACAAGCUCUUUAAUUCAGCUACUUUGACGAGCUUGUUGAAAAAUGCUUUGCAUUUUUCUUUGAACAAUUCUUAUAAAAAUUCAAAGCUCUUGAGCUUGACUGUGAUGACUCAGCCUACCAGUAUGAAGCUACUUGAUCCAGAAGCUUUAGACUGUCUUUGUCUUCAUUACAAAGUUUCAUGGCCGCUGAAUAUUAUUUUAGACGAAGCGGUGAUGUAUCAGUACGGAAGGGUCUUUAGGUUUUUAAUAAUGGUCGGUCGGGUGCUUUGGGUACUUCAAGACGAUUUUUGCAUACUUAAAACUCAGCGCAAAGCUACUUUGUCUUACCAAUAUCACCGGUUGCAGUUAUUCCGACACGCAAUGAUGCAGUUCAUGACAGCUCUCCAUGGUUAUUUAACUUGCAGUGUAUUGCAUUCAAGUUGCACCGAGUUUGAAAAAGAACUCGAGAAUGCUAUGACUCUUGAUCAAAUUUACAGCAUUCACGUUCGCUAUAUUAAAAAAAUUCUCUCAAGAUGCAUGAUGACAAGACGAGGAGAAAAACUACGAAAGUGUCUUUGCAACAUGUUCCAAAUAAUAUUAAAAUUCCACAACACCCUAAGAACUCACGAGUGGACUGAAACGCCUCAGGGUUACACACAUCCAAGCUUCAACAAACUAGAGCAAUACUACAAAGCAUUCUGCACCAUGAGGUCAUUUCCCGCGCAAGUAGUCGACAAAUACUCAAACAGCGGCUACGAUUUACACCUUACCCGCUUUGUUGACGCUCUUAACAUAAAUCCUCUUUUCAGUCUCUAAAUUAAAAGUAUUAAUUUUUUUUAAAGAAAUAAUUUUUAAGUUAUAUUCGCAUUUAUUAUAAAUACGGUAUAACAAAAUUAC